UCUGCUGCCACACACCCUGCGCACCGCCGGUCCCAUCGCCAUUUUGCCUUCUCCGUCCUCGUCGCCAGUACUCUCGGGCUGCUGCCCACCGGCGACCGCUCGCCAGCUCGCCUCGAGAAUGUCGCCCGCCGCCGACAAUGCUCCCUCGUCCACAAAUUCCAAGCAGUCCUCGAUCCGGUCCGUCGACGUCGCCUCGUCAAAGUCACCCGUCCUCGCGCCUCAACAUGGCUCCGCCGCCGUCCCCGCUGUCGACAGCCUCUCUCGGCUUCCAGAGAAGGCGUCUAUCAAGGACCGCCUGACACGCAUGUUCUCACAGAAGGAGGACCUCCCUCGAUCCGCCCCUUUGUCUGCAGAUUCAGCUGCUACCUCGAAGCGCUCAACUCCCUCUGCUACACCUUCCACAGCUAACGGCGCGACUACCCCGCCAAAGCCCGUCGCGCCCGCCCGGAAACCCUCCACGACUGACGCGCCAGCGUCAUCCCGCACUGCGACAAGCCAGCGCUACAUUGUCAAUCCAGAUGUCCCCGGUGGCCACGAGCACCACUUGAAGGGCGCCAAGCGGCAGGAGAAGCUCUCCGACAUGUGGAAGUCACUUCUUGGCAAGAAGCACGAAGACACGCCAGCUGCCGAUCUCUCGCUCGUUUCCAACUGGGUCGAUACGAUCAAGCAGGAGAAAGAAGCCAUCGCCAACGACCGCAAGGGAGGACCCAAUGCGUCAACCACUCUCGUUGAGAAGUACGGCAAGUGUCAAGAGGUUGUUGGUCGCGGCGCUUUCGGCAUCGUCCGCAUCUCUCAUAAGAAGCUCGGCAACGGCGAGAAGCUUUUUGCGGUCAAGGAGUUCCGCCGCCGCCCUGAAGAAACAGAAAAGAAGUACAGCAAGCGCCUGACCGCAGAGUUCUGCAUCUCGUCGUCAUUACGUCAUCCCAAUGUUAUCCAUACGCUUGAUCUUCUCAAGGAUCAGAAGGGCGACUAUUGCGAGGUGAUGGAAUUUUGUUCCGGCGGGGAUCUCUAUACUCUUGUCCUCGCUGCUGGCAAGCUCGAGGUACUGGAGGCAGACUGCUAUUUCAAGCAGAUGAUGCGCGGGGUUGAGUAUAUGCACGAGAUGGGAGUUGCUCAUCGUGAUCUCAAGCCUGAAAAUCUUCUCCUCACUGCCCAUGGUGCGCUCAAGAUCACCGAUUUCGGCAAUGGAGAAUGUUUCCGCAUGGCUUGGGAGAACGACGCACACAUGGUCACUGGCCUUUGUGGAUCCGCCCCGUAUAUCGCCCCCGAGGAAUAUGUCGAUCGCGAGUUUGAUGCCCGGGCUGUUGAUGUCUGGGCGUGUGGCGUCAUUUACAUGGCAAUGCGAACCGGCAGGCAUCUAUGGCGUGUCGCGAGAAAGGACGAGGACGAGUUCUAUGAACGGUAUCUCGAAGGUCGUCGUGAUGAAGAGGGUUAUGGCCCCAUCGAGUCCCUGCACAGGGCACGCUGCCGCAACGUGAUUUAUUCCAUCUUGGAUCCUAAUCCCUCUCGGCGUAUUACCGCGUCGCAAGUCCUCAAAUCUGAGUGGGGCCGUGAGAUCAAGCUUUCCACUACCUAUAGUGAGUUCGACAACGAGUUCGACCACGAGUUCGGCAACGACUCGAUUUUCUGGAUCACCUACGAGGACAUGCUGGAGAAUUUCCAGCACGUCGAUCGCACUCGCCUUUUCAAGGACAAGGACUGGAGGAUGCGCCAGCGCUGGAUUGGCGUUGAGGCCCCGUGGAAGCCACAGUGGAACGAGAAGUUCACAUCACGCUCACCAAGGAGCCUCCCCUCGUCAUUGUCUCCAGCAGCUGGAUGGUCGCUACUUCAAGGGCCAUCGUCCCAUACCGAAGGGCUCGAAUAG